GUUGCUUGAGCUAGUUUGCUUCACAACUAUCAACAUUUGGCAGCCAUUAACGACCGCUACAGGGCCGUCAACGCUACUGUAAACGCACUGCAAGAGGAAAUACUACAGAACCUAAAAAUAUUUCAACAUGGGGUUUCUAGACAGGCUGACAGCACUCUUCGGGGUGAAAAAGAAAGAGGCGAGCAUUCUCUGUCUCGGGCUUGACAACAGUGGGAAAACAACGAUAAUAAACAAGUUAAAACCUGAUAAAUCGCAGUCUUCAGAUAUUGUGCCGACGAUUGGCUUUACAGUUGAAAAAGUAUCCAUGACUGGGCUCAGCUUUACAAUAUUUGAUAUGUCAGGACAAGGAAGAUACAGAAAUUUAUGGGAACACUAUUACAAGGAUGCCCAAGCAGUCAUAUUUGUAAUUGACAGUAGUGAUAAACUGAGAAUGGUGGUUGCAAAAGAAGAGCUGGAUGAACUGCUAAAGCACCCAGAUAUAAAAGCUAAAAAGAUUCCAAUACUUUUCUUUGCAAAUAAGAUGGACCUGAGGGAAUCAUUAUCGUCUGUAAAAGUUUCAGGCCUUUUAAAGUUAGAAAAUAUCAAAGAGAAGCCCUGGCAUAUAUGUGCUAGCAAUGCGUUGACAGGGGAAGGGCUUCAUGAAGGUGUCGAAUGGCUGACAGAUCAAAUCACCAAUAACUCUUCACUUCUAAAGUCAGUUGAAAUUGCUACUAGGACUUACACAAGCACAUUAAAAGAUCAAGUGCAGCAGAACAAACCUUGAUAUACGUGAUUCUUCGUUUGAUGUGUAUGUUUCAAUUAAGUAUUUUUAAUUUCCUAUCGUCGUAUAACUUGAGUGAUACACUGUUAAAGAUGUGUUUACCGUUGAGAAAAUUAAUCAGUGUUGAAUCGAAAGGUUGCGGUUAUUUGUUUCUAGCCUUGGUGUCUAUCUCCUUUUCUUGGAAUAAUUGUCAGGAUCGCUACCAGCAGUAUUCUCAUAGCAGUGAUGACUGCUUCAUUUUCAUAAAAUGUGCUAAUCACAAAUCAGCAAUGAUUGCAAGUUAGAAAAUACAACCUAUUUAGGUAUGUCUUUGGUACCACAGAAUUUGAAAAUGACAAGGAGAGGCGAAAACAUUUCAUACGCUAGUAUUUUUCGCCCGAAUAUAGCUUAAUUUAAGAUUUCUGAAAUUGAUUGCCUAGGAAAUAAAACCCAGUCAUGCGAUUUUUGUAAAUUUUACCUUCGACACCAUCUUGUCGAGAGUGAUUAAGGUAUAGUCCACAUAAGUGUAAGCUUGUAUAAGGAGACUUAACCUGAAUGCUCUGCCGAUAAUCAAUGGGCCUAAAACACCACCUGAUCAUGACCGACUUACUCCAGAGGAGACAGUGGGGCCUCAGCAAAACGCAGCUAACCUUCUUCAAGCUACUUUUAGAAGAUAUGACGUAAACAUGAAAAUAGCUCAUAAUUAUAUGCAGUCAUUGCUACCAUCAAAACACAUGGUUGAGCAUUUGUUAGAUAAGUCUGGAAUAGAUGCCCUGGUUGUAACAGAGACCUGGCUGAACAAGGAAAUUGACAGACAUACUUUAAUGAUUGAAAGCUACAACUGUGACAUUCGAGUUGACCGAGCAAACAAGCGAGGUGGAGGGAGGGAUCUACUCUAAAAAUGGCAUUGAUAUAAACGAGAUUGUUGAGCUGAGACAUACCUAUUCAGAAAGCAGCACAAUAGAACAACUCUGGGUGAAAAUCUGCAUUGGAGGGUGUAAACCAAUUAUACUUGGAGCCUGUUGCAGACCUCCAAACAGCACAGUUAGCCAUGUGGCUGAUCUUGAAAACACCUUGCUUGAAGCCAUAUCAACUAACCAAGAGAUCUUGGUGGUUAGGGAUUUUCGAUCACAAGAGAGCCCCAAUAAAGAGCUUAUUGAGAUAAUAUCAUCUUAUCACCUUAGUCAGGUAAUCUCUGAGGCAACAAGGGUAACUGCAGAAACACAAACCUUGAUUGAUUUGGUUAUUAAGACAGCCACCCUGAACACAAUCAAAUCAGGAGUAUAUCACUCUUCUAUAAGUGAUCAUUCAUUGGUAUACUGCAUACUGCAGAGAAAGUGUCCCAAGCCAAGCACCCAUUACAAAAACAGUGAGAUCUUACAAGAAUUUUAUAUCUGAAAAGUACAGAGAUGAUGUCUCACAGCUACCAUUGAAGGAUUGUCUCGAAACAAAUGACAUAAAUGAGGCAGUUAGUAAAUGGAAUGAGCUUUACACAAACACAUUAAAUAAGCAUGCCCCUUUAAGGAAAAUAAAAAUUUGAUCAAAACCAAAGCCCUGGUUUACACACGAACUACAGACUCUAAUCAACAACAGAGACAAUACCAGGAAGAAAGGAAUAGCUUACAAAUCUGAAAUAGUAUGGAAGCAAUACUUAGUGGCGAAAAAGAGCGUUAUCAAAGCUGUGAGAGAUACAAAAGUCUCCUUCUUUCAAAAGACACUAACUGAAUGUAAAAACAACCCUAAGCAGAUGUGGAACUGUAUUAAGCGACUUGCUCCAACAAAAAAGCAAAGUAACCCUCUUCCACCUGAGUGAUUGAACAAAGAUCAAGCAAAUAAACUGAACACUUUUUUCUCAGAAAUUGGUGUGAUGAUCCAAAAAUAAAUUACAGCCAACUAAACAGAGCUUCCCCUUUCCUUUGAACAUAAGAUCUAAGUUCUCUUUUAAGACUGUAAAAAGUGCUGAGGUAAAAAAUUGGCUGCUAAACAUCUAAUAAAGCAACUGGCGCCGAUAACAUUGACAUCAAAUCUUUGAAAAUUGUGGCAAACCUGAGCAUUGCACAGUUCCCUUCGAUAUGGAAAUCGUCAUCGAUUACUCCAGUCUUUAAAGCUGGAGCUAAAACUGCAAUAGCAAAUUAUCGUCCAGUGUCUGUGUUACCACUUCUCUCCAAACUGAUGGAAAAGGUUGUAAACUCACAAAUGGUCCACUAUCUGAAAGAUAACGAUAUUCUCACAAAAUUUUACUCUGGGUUUCGCAAGAAUCAUUCAAUUCAAACUGCCCUCAUAAACAUAACUGAUAAUAUUUUAUGUAAUGUGGACAAAGGCCUUAUCACAACCACAAAACUGAUGGAUCUUAGCAAAGCAUUUGAUACCAUUGACCACCCAAUAAUCCUUAAAAAUCUACUUAAGUAUGGUUUUGACACUCAUUCAAUGUUUUGGUUCAACAGUUACCUCCAAAACAGACUUCAAUGCGUUAAAGUCGGCAACAUAUUGUCAAGUGCAGCAAAUGUCCCCUGCGGUGUACCACAAGGAUCUGUCCUGGAACCCACAUUAUUCAUACUGUACAUAAACGAGAUACCAGCCAUGCUUAAGAAACUAUUAUCUAAUGACUCAAAUAUACAUGGGUAUGCUGAUGACUUACAGCUAUACUCCUCUUGCAAAGCUGAAAAGGUUGAAGAAACGCUCUCAAUGUUGAAGAAUGAUAUUAACUUGAUACUUGAGUGGUUUUCUGCAAAUAAGUUAAAGGCAAACCCCGACAAGUUUCAGUUUAUCAUAUUUGGCACAAAUAAGCAACUUGUGAAAAUUCCACCAUCAUGUUUAAAAAUAUAUAUUCAGGACAAUAGAGUUGAGGCUGCAAAGGAGGUUAAAAUACUUGGUAUGCAGAUUGAUCAAACACUUCCUGGAACAGCCACAUCUCUCAGCUAAAGAAAUCUUGUGCAGGGAAGCUAAUACAAAUGAAACAGAUCAGAAACUGUAUGAAAAGAGAAACUUUUUCGAAGGUUGUGAAAGCAUGUGUACUCUCAAGCGUAUAAUAUGGCGAUAUGUCUAUGGCAAUGCGUCACAAACAGAACUACACAAAGCUCAGUCAAUUCAGAACUUUGCGGCAAAGGUAGUUACUGGGAUGCGUAAGUUUGAUCAUGUGACACCAGCUUUAAACAUACUUCAGUGGAAAAGGCUUGAGGAACAACGAAAGACUCAUAGGCUCUGUUUACUGUACAAAUGUCUAAACAAGCAGGCCCCCAAUAUCUCUCUGAAUUGUUCCAUGCAAACUCACAAAUUCAUGAGUAAAAUACAAGACAACAACAGCACUUGCACGUACCUAUGUCGACAACGGCGAGCCAUCAUAGAACAUUCUUGUAUCAAGCCACUGCUGACUUCAACAAAUUGCCAUCAAGAGUGAAGCAAUCAAAAACGUUUUUCCAGUUUAAGCAAAACUUAAAAUCAAUGUAGUUUUACAGACUA